AACAUGAGUACCUUGCGACUAGGCACUGCUUCGAGGCUAAAAACGGCGCAAAAUCAAGGAAAUGUCAGAGGUUCUGGAACGGCAACUAGACUGACCACUGGUCUGAGACCUGGUACCCGUGGAGGUGGUGUGGGAGCCACACUAAACACUUCUGUACAUGUCGAGGAUCGGCCAAUUACCCAACAAGGCUUGAGUGGGUUAAGGACAGCCGAUAGAGGAACCAGAAGACAAAUUGAAGACAAACCGUAUUAUCUCGGGCUUCUGCGUUCAAAGAUCAAUGAGAUUACCUCUGAAAUCGGAGUCCUCACCCGACAGAUAAAGGAAACAGAGGAGGAGAAUGCCAGCUUUAUCCAGUACGAACAGAUGGCUGAGAAACUGGCACUUGAGAUAAAGGAAUUACAAGGUGAACUGGGUGAUUACAACACCCUUGUAGACAAAGCUACUUUAGGUGAAGAUGUCUCCAAUGUGGAAAUGGAUUGGGAAGCCCUAAAGUCGGCAAAUGAACGCGCAGAUAAAAGUUUGGAAUCACUGUUCGAGGAAAAGCAGCAAAUGGAUAUGACCCUAAAAUCGUUGGAACAAGAGUUAAAGAGAGAACAACAGAAAUCGGAGUCACUUGUUCAAGAGAUGGGAAGCGAAGAACGCGGGAACUACUUCCGUCUGCGGGAUCUGAACGAUCAUCUGAUGGCCCAAUUGACUGAAGGCCAGGCCCAACUAGACCAGUUGAAUGCCCGUCGGAUCGAAUUGGAACAAGAAAUAUCCACCUCGCAGGCGAAACAAGAGGCCAUGAGGCUGUACGCACAGCUUCACGAGGCUGAAGCCAAACGGGAUCAGUUGCUUGCAGAAGAGGCAGCCAGAGAUGACCCCGAACGCGAACGCGAGCGGUUACUACUUCAGGUGCGCGAGGACAACCAAGAAAUCGCAAGCAUAGAACACCAGACACGCGAAACCCAAGAGAAAGUGGCCCAGCUAGAAGAAGAACUGCAAUUGUUGGAGCAAGAGCUGGAUGAGAACCGAAGCGAAAGGCAUCAAAAGUACCGAGAGUUGAAAAAGCGAGAACAACAGAUCGACGAAUUUUUGAAUACUUUUGACGAGGUCAAGGCACUAGAACAGUCCAACAUUGCAGAGCUGCAAGCAAACAUCGUGGGGCUCCUGGAGUCAACCUCAAGGCAUCUCAUGAAUAUUAAACAAACGUCUCCAUCGGUAGUCGCAGCUCUGAAGUCUGCAGUAAGCGAUACGGAUAACCCGGUGGACCAAUUGCGCGAACAGUUGAAUUUCAAAACUUCUGAGGUCUCCAAAGCCAAGGAUACCGAGGCAGCGCUGCAAAAAGAAUACACCCGUUUGAGUCAGGACAUUGUCAAAGUGGAACAGUUAGAGGCCAAAGUGACUCAGGAAAUGGAGUCGCUUCGCGAACGCAUCGCUAGAAUGGAGGCGGAAAUUCAAGUGUUCGACGACCUGGAUCGUGUGAAGGAGGACGCCAAGUUCAAGCGCGAGGCGGUGACAAAAGAAAAGGAACGCAUGGAAUCCCAUCGCGAAAGCUUACAUCGGAUGAAUCAACAGCUGGCCAAAGAAUAUGCCAAUUUACAAGCGACUUUGGCGAAUGAUGAAACCCAUCUGCAACUGUCGAAUCUCGAACGCCGUUGGGCUCAACACGAGCAAAUCAACUUUAGCCUGAUGGAGUCCAUUGCCAACAAGCGUGCGGAAACGGAUCACACCGAGUGGGCGAAGAAAGCCAUGGAGCUUGUCAGGUCGUACAACGAGAGCCUAAAAACAGCACUCGCUUCCAAACCGAUGGUGCCCUAACUGUUUGUUUGCAAUGGGAUUGCUACCAUACGUUGUGAGUUUAACACUCCAUGUGAAAGAGAAAAAUGAAUGUUCGAUUCAGACACACGUGAACCGUAUUAGUGUACCGCCACUUCUCCUUCAGGG